AUAAUAAAACUUGUACCUGCAAAUAUGAGUAAUAUUGAAAGUAUAAAGAUUAUUGGCUUUUCUAAUAACAACACAAAUGAUGCUAAAGAUAUAGAAAACAUAGAUCAUCUUGCUGAUAUUAUUGAAAAAAACAUGGAUACCAGUUCUUCUCAAGUAACUUUAAUUAUUAGCAACACUGAAAAUGAUGUGUUAAGAUUAUUUAUUGGAAAAAAACUAUCAAGUUAG